AUGUUACUUAUUCUGUGCUUCUGGAAAGACGGUGUAAUCUCUGUGCAGCUUUGCACAUCCAAUGCCUGUUACGGUCUGUCAGUCGAAAGACCGGACCUCCUGCUUGUUGGAACGGUCACAAUAGAUGUUGUGGAUGAUGGCUCGCGGCCAGCGGUAGGUGUGGCUGGUCCGGAUGCUGACCUAUCGGUGUUUGAGGGCCACGAACUCCACGUUGUGCCCGCAGCGUCAACAUUGACAUUUGAGCACACUUACACCUGGUUUGGGCAUCAGAGGAAAUUGCGAGUGACAGCCAACCCCAACGUCACGCUGUCCAGGUCCCAUGUGCCGCGGCACUGUCAACGUGCACGCACGGUCAUUUUAGGACCGCUGACUCAGCAUGAGCUGGAUGCCGCCUCUUUCCUCGAGUAUGAUGGGCUGUGGGACCAGCUUUACCGCGGCAGACAGCACAUUGGGCUCAUGGCGCAGGGCUAUCAGCGCCGCCUCGGGCCAGACGGCCGCGUUCUACCGCUGCUGACGCCAUCGCCGCAGCUGCUGAUAGCUGUGCUUUGGGGUUAUAAUGCAAUGCAGGCCGGUUUGGGGCGAUGGCAGCGAGUUUCACUGUUCCUAUCGGACGUGGAAACGGACCCUUGGAGUGAAGACUGGUUGGGCCUGGUGGUGAGCCGUGCCGAGCGUGUGAUCAUAACACGGGGUAGCCAGGGUGCCACCGAGUACAACGACACCGGUGUGCAUACCAUCGAUAUUGUCCCGGUGGAUAAGGUACGGGACACUAACGGCGCCGGCGACACCUUUGCAACAGGGUACAUGUUGGCCCUUUCACGGGGUCUCAAUGACCCCGGCCACCACGCCGCCUGGGCUGCCAGCCGAGCCGUGAUGCAGGCGCAGUCGUGUAAGCCUCAGUGUGCGGCCGACCUCAUUGAGGGGCAUGUGCCGGCUUGGAGCGCGGCCGACCGUGCCGGGGCCGCGCUUCGUGCACUGUCACAUAGUGCGGAGGGCGUUGUGAACCUACUAAUGAGGGACGGAGUCGCAGCACUCAUACACCUCCGCAAGCUGUCGCAAGGGUCGCUGUCGAAAGCGCUCGCACGCGCGUCAGAUACGAGACUGGCGAGCGGGAAAGGCGAGGGUUGA